CUGGGCGCAUGCGCGGCGGCGGGGCUCGGCCCGCGGCAGCGGCGGCGAAGGGGCGGAGGGGUUCUCUGCCCUCAGUUGCCAAGCUGCGACGGCCGUGCCGGGAUGGUGUAGCUAGGCCUGCGGGAAGGCGGCGGGGCGCGGGCGGGGGCGAGGCGGCCGCGAGGGCCGACGCCUCCUGACGGGCUCCGGUGUAGCGGCAGCACGCUGAGGGGGCGUCGGCGCCGCCGGCCCCCGGCGCCGCCGCGGGAGGCCGCGCCCGCCAUGGCGGCCCGGGCGGUGCUGGACGAGUUCACGGCGCCCGCGGAGAAGGCGGCGCUGCUGGAGCGGAGCCGCGGCCGCAUCGAGGGCCUGUUCGGCGUGAGCCUGGCGGUGCUUGGCGCGCUCGGGGCCGAGGAACCGCUGCCUGCGCGCAUCUGGCUGCAGCUCCGCGGGGCGCAGGAGGCGGUGCACAGCGCCAAGGAAUAUAUUAAAGGAAUCUGUGAACCUGAACUAGAAGAAAGAGAAUGUUACCCGAAGGCCAUGCACUGCAUUUUUGUUGGGGCCCAAAGCCUGUUUCUGAAAAGCUUGAUUCAGGACACCUGUGCCGAUCUCUGCAUUCUGGACAUUGGUCUUCUUGGCAUCAGAGGAAGUGCCGAAGCUGUAGUCAUGGCUAGGAGUCACAUUCAGCAGUUUGUAAAGCUCUUUGAGAAUAAUGAGAACCUACCCAACAGUCAGAAAGAAUCUGAGGUGAAAAGGGAAUUUAAACAAUUUGUUGAAGCUCGGGCUGACAACUAUACAAUGGACUUGUUGAUUUUGCCCACUUCCUUGAAAAAAGAGCUUUUGACACUCACACAAGGUGAGGAGAAUUUCUUUCAAACGGGAGAUGAUGAUGUUAUUGAAAUUGGAGAUUCUAAACAAACAGAGUUUCCACAGAAUGCUGCCACAGGGCUGAAUAUUUCCAGAGAUGAAAUUGUUUUGCAGGAAGAUGCAAGAAAUAAAGCUGGCACUCCUGUUUCAGAGCUUACAAAACAAAUGGACACGGUCUUUUCUAGUUCACAAGAUGUACUUUUUGUUCCAAUAAAUGGUCUAAGCCCAGACGAAGAGACAUUAUCCAAGGACAGAAUUUGUCACAAAAGGAGAUUUUCCGAUUCUGAAGAAAGGCAUACCAAGAAACAGUUUUCUUUGGAAAAUGUUCAAGAGGGGGAGCUUCUCGAUGAUGGUAAGACAUUAGCUGGAAAUGUAAUCAUUGACUUAUCCGAUUCUUCUGCUGAUCCUGAAAAUUUAAGUCCCGAUGUAAAGGACACUACUGAGGAAAUGGAAUACAACAUCCUUGUAAACUUUUUUAAAACCAUGGGCUAUUCCCAAGAAAUUGUUGAAAAGGUCAUUAGGGAGUAUGGGCCAUCUACUGAACCAUUAUUGCUCUUAGAAGAAAUUGAAAAAGAAAAUAAAAGAUUCCAAGAAGACAGAGAAUUUUCACCUGGUACUGUGUAUCCAGAGACUAACAGAACCAAAAACAAAGGUGUUUGUACCAGCGUAAAUGAGCUUACAACGGAUUCCACUCCAAAGAAAACACAAACUCACACACAGCAAAAUAUGGUGGAAAAAUUUUCCCAGUUACCAUUCAAAGAAUCAAAACCAUGUACCUCAAAUUGCAAAAUUAAUACUUUCAGAACAGUGCCAAUAGAACAGAAACAAGAAAUCUGGAGUUCAAACCAGAAUUACGUUUGUAACAUGGACCUUGAAACUGAUGGCCUUUCACCGUCUGUUAUUCCUUCAAGUCCCAAAGAAGUUGUCAGUUUUGUUUCAAGAGGAGCUUCAAGUCACCAGCCCAGAAUUCCAGUUUUUCCUGAAAAUGGUGUGCAACAGCAAGCAGAGCCCUUACUUCCAAGUAGUAUGAGGUCUCCUUGUGAAAACCGAUCAGGGUGUUGUAGCUCUCCCCAGUCUAAGCCAAAUUGUCCACCCCUUUCUCCACCAAUGCCACUGCCCCAGCUGUUACCUUCCGUUACUGACGCAAGGUUGGCAGGACCGUCUGAUCAUAUUGAUUCCUCCGUCACUGGUGUUCAAAGGUUCCGAGAUACUCUGAAAGUACCCUACAAGCUGGAAUUAAAAAAUGAGCCAGGGAGAACGGAUUUGAAGCACAUUGUUAUAGAUGGGAGCAAUGUCGCAAUUACCCACGGUCUGAAAAAGUUCUUUUCUUGUCGUGGAAUUGCAAUUGCAGUUGAAUAUUUUUGGAAGCUUGGCAACAGAAACAUCACUGUAUUUGUCCCACAGUGGAGAACAAGGCGUGAUCCUAAUGUCACAGAACAGCACUUCUUAACUCAGCUCCAGGAGCUUGGAAUAUUAUCUUUAACUCCUGCCCGGAUGGUCUUUGGAGAAAGAAUUGCUUCUCAUGAUGACAGGUUUCUACUACACUUAGCGGACAAAACUGGUGGCAUAAUUGUAACAAAUGAUAACUUCAGAGAAUUUGUGACUGAGUCACUCUCUUGGAGAGAAAUUAUUACAAAAAGAUUGCUUCAGUAUACCUUCGUUGGGGAUAUAUUUAUGGUUCCUGAUGACCCUCUGGGAAGAAGUGGACCUCGAUUAGAAGACUUUCUUCGGAAGGAAGUCUUCCUUAGAGAUAUGCAGCCCCUACUCAAUGCCUUGCCAAAUGUGGGCAUGUUUGACCCCAGCUUCAGAGUCCCCGGCACCCAGGCAGCCAGCACCAGUCACCAGCCUCCCGCCCGGAUUCAGGGCACCCCGCCCAGCCACUGGCUUCCUCAGCAGCCCCGCUUUCCAGUUCUGCCGAACCUUCCCAGUAUGCAGCAGAGUGUGCCCAUGCCGGCACAGAGGUCUCCUGCGGAAACCAGCGAGCUGAGGGAAGCCCUUCUGAAGAUCUUCCCUGACUCAGAGCAAAGACUGAAAAUUGACCAGAUACUGGCAGCCCAUCCAUACAUGAAAGACCUGAACGCACUGUCUGCCAUGGUUUUGGACUGAAGGUCACACUCUAGCUCGUGUCUGCACGUGGCAGCAGGAAACGACAUAAUGUGAAGAGACCGAUUUCCCAGUGGAAAUACUGUUGUAGUAUAUAGAAAACAGAUGUUUUGUGUAUAAAAAAAAAUCUGGGUUUUCAAAACCAGCUUUUUCUAUAUAUAAAUUAUGCUGCUAUUACGGAUUUAACAUUUUCUGUAAAAGGAAAGUACAUUUUCUGCCUGUUCAGAACUGUUUAAUAGCAGUUACUCUUGAGUGUAUUUACAUUUUUAUGUUUUUUAAACUAUUUUCCUUAAAGCUGAAAAUAUUGACAAAUGGAUAUGAUUAGCCUUUCUAAAUAAAAAAAAAAGAGUUGCUUUCUUAGGGAAAGCAAGACCUCUUAAAGUAUAUUUUCUUGAAGAUGAAUAUGUAACGUCCACUAACAUGAAGUGUGCUCACCACCCCCAGCCUCCUCUGCCCUCACCCCUGAAUUAGAGUCAUAGGAGUAGGUUUUGCUCCUGUGAGUCUUUUGUUGGAGCCAUUUGUGAGAGGGGGCAGGUGGUGCCACUAGAUGGCACCUGUGCCUAGCCAUUGUUAAUGACCAGGGCACAGUUAGACUCCCAGAAUGUCAGGGCAAGAAGAGAUUCUAGAACUCAUGUAGUCCCACCCUACUUCCCCUGCUCCCAACAGAAGAGGGAACUGAGGCUCAGCACGCUUGUGUCCACACAGCCCAGGUCCACAGCUGUGGAGCAGCUGGGCAGGGACCAGACUCUUUUUCCAGUGCUCUGACAUGCUCACCAGGCUGAGGCCUCACUACUGAGUAGUAGUCAUGUCUUAGCCUCUGAAAAUAAUAAUGGGAUGUGAGGAAAUUCCAUGAAAGAGCUCCAUUGUUAAACAUAAUUUUGUGUCCACAGCCUCCAUGCGAAGUUCGUUCAGCUUUGCCAAAAAGUGGUUUUCUAUUCUCAAGAAUGACCCAAGCCAAUAAAUAGCAUUAGUAGCUGCCGUGGGGGCUCAGCCCCUUAUUUAUUUCUCCUGGAUUUGUCUUUUUAGUGUUCUCAGCUGUCCUUCCAGUGGGUCUGUCUCAGCAUUGGGAUCUUAGUAUUGUGUUUUCAGUGCUCAAAUUCUGUGUCCGUGAAGUUCUUUUCCUGGGUAAUUAUACGUAACAUCUUUACUGUUCUCUGGACUUUCAAAGGGCUUUGUAAUUUCUACCUUUCUCUUCCCUGGCUGCUCACGGUCAGUUUUGUGUCUGCCCUGUGGGUCGUGCCCCUCCCAGCCCCCAGAAACAGCUGCUGCGGACUCGGGGCCAGUCUGUUCUUCAUGGUGAAGGGACUUUGUUGGCCACGAGCAGAGCUGGUGCCUCCCCAGCAGCCUCCCUCCCGGUGUGUACGACCCUUGCUUCCCUCAGGGGAUGAAUCCAGAGUCCUCUAGGUGGCUGGACUUGUAUUUUUCAAUCAUGUUUUCUCUCUAGAUGCCUUUAAGAUGCCUCCUAAAGGGGAACUGGCUGUCAGCUGCUGCUUUGGGGCAGGUGGCCAGAGUCGCCCACCAGCUGUGGGUUUGGAGGUAGACUUGGGGCGGGCAGGAAGUGAUGCAGUCGCAGCCCCGCGCCUCAGCUUCAGAACUGGUGGUUUAUAAAAGCGUGGCAGGCGUGUGAGGGCUAGGGCUGUCUCACGCAGGCUCUGAUCUGGCUUGAGGUUUGGUCUGACAGCCUUCCCAAUCCAGUAUUUCUCCUAUUUGCAGAGAAGGACUCAGCGGUAAACCUUACUGGCCCAGGCUUAGCCACACAGGUCUUCCUGGAAGGGGACUAGGCCUCAAGUGACACCAGGUGGGGCUGGCUAGACUGGGGGUUGCAGAGUUGCCUAGGCUGCAGAAGUGACUUGACCCUUGACCUUUGGGUUAUCUAAGCCUCUCUAUUUUUAGGAUUGUUUCUGAGGGCUCUACCUGCCCCUUUCCUCUCUCUAGGGUAUAGGAAGGAAGGAUGCAGGAAAUUAAGUGGAUCCGUUACUUGCCUUGAUAAAUUACAACAUAACACAAAAGUCACAGUUCUUUCUGAAACUUGAAAAUUUAAGAACCCAAUUUUCAAAGCAUUAAAAAAAAAAAAGUACUUGUUCUCAGCCUGCUCCUAUCCUAGGCUGCAUGUUGGCGCUCCUCAAACGCUGCUUGACGGUCUCCCCCAGUGGCUGGUUUCUGAACCGCCGCGCUGGUGUCGGCAGCCGUACUCCCUCGCGUGUGCCGAGGGUCCACAUCCUGCACUUCCUGGCCUUCCUAGAAGGAGGUGGCAGGGCAGGGGAUGCCACCUUAUUCAGGAGACAGGCAUCUGCUCCUCUGAGAGUGGUUGUCCAGGGUUCGAGAAUUAAGUAAAUGGUGAUACGGGAUGAUUCCUGGACUUACCUUCUGCCCCAGGCCCCCGCUGCCUUCUCUGGGAGAAAAAAACCUUGUUUGACCCUUCUGUAGGGGAGCCUGUGUUUGAGACCUUGUAGGCUGAGGGCUAGAAGACAGUGGGAAGGCAUCUCAGCCAUCCUGGAUGACGGGUCAGCUUUGUCUGGCAGGCUCAGCUGUGGCUUGGCAGAGUCGCCAGGGACUCAGGCCUGUUGCAGCGUUUGGUCUCUGAGAGGAGGGCUAGGGCCGGUCUUGCUUCCUUAGGUUUGUUGUGGCACUUGUGGAAUAGGAUUCACGGAGAAAGCCAUGCUCCCAAGUACCCUUCUCCAUCACAGGAAAUGCCCCAGGCACUGGGCCUCCUGAGUUUGGGCCUGGGCACCCUUCUCCCUCAGCUCCAGCCUGCCCCCUCCAGGAACCUCCGAGAUGUGGCCUUCCUACUUGCAGCUCUCCACCAGCACUGCCAUGUCCUCCCCUGUCCUCCUUCCUGUGUCCCUCUCCUCUCCUAACUGUGGUCUGUUCCGUCAGCCACUCUGCCUCAUGCCAUUUGUUUCUUCAUGAUCUACCUCCCCAUUAUCCCCCGUUAUUACAGUUCAGAUCCUCUAAGAACAGCACCUGAUCUCAGAAUCCUCUCCAUGCACUGCUGCUCUCCCUCACCUUUCCGCUCUUCACUUCCUGUUUGGCAAACUUGGCCUUCAUCCCACCACAUGGAAAUAGUCUGGGAAAAGUCACAGGGACCAUGUAAUUGCCAAAUUCAGAGGCCUUUUCUUAAUCUUCAGUUUUUGUGUCCAUAUCAGUGACCAGAAUAUUUGAUACUAUUGCCCUUAUUUUCCCCAUUUUCUGAAAUUUCCCUCCCAAAUGUUCUUCAUUCCUUUCUCUUCUUUUACUUAAAGGCCAGUCCUUGAGACCCUUUUCUUUCUUGACAGGUGGUUCUCAAAUUUUGGACCAGCCAUGGAAUUCAUGGUGGGGUGGGGAGGGCAGCUCUUACUAAAAAUGGUGAUUACCGGGCAAAGCCAGCCCCCAGAGCUGUUUAUUCGGUGGCCCUAGAGUAAAGCGUGGAAAUUGAAGAUUUCAUCAGCUCCCUGGGUGUGUCCCACGCAGGCUAUCCGGGGACCACAUGGCAAGAAAGUGCACUCACCCUUAGGGCUCACUAACUUCAGCCUUCCUCCUCCCUAACUUCUCUAGCUCAACGUGUCCCCCAACCCAGGGCAUCGACUUCUAAUCCCACCUCUAGGCCUCCCCUGCAGGAGCAUGUUUCCAGCUCACCUGGAAGCCCUAUGCCGUCCUCACACUCCGGCCCCCAGACCCCCUGCCUACAUCGGUCCCUUGCUCUCCACCCCCGCUCCACCCUGCCACAAAGUCCCCUCCAUCCACCCAUGUCCAUGGCCUGACAGUGCCCACCAGUCAUGCUCUCAUGGUCUCCCGAUGGGUGACGGUGCCUGACCAGUCAGCUCACCUCUCCCUCCCAGACUCCGCAGUGCUCGCAGAUUUAUCCAGCAGAACCACGCCACUGGUCACGCCCUCAUCUCUGUUAGUGCUUCAGUGCCUCGCGACCAGAGCACCAAGCUCAGCGCUCCGGAGUGUAGUAUCUGUGCCAUCCACCUCGUGGCCACGAGUGACUGCCCCACUUGGAACAGCCCUUCCCCGGACGCUUGCUGCAGCCCACACACAUUUCCUCAGUUUACCUGUGGGCUCCUGCUUCCGUGUGCACCUCUUUGCUCUGCUCGAGAGGCCCUUUCUCCCAAAUGGCUUCCCCUGCAAAGGCCCAGCCUGCAUCCUCUUUGUCCCCUUGCCCAAGCUUCUGACCAGAAGCAACGCCAUGGCGCUCUGUGACCCACAGCACUUAUGUCUGGCUUUUGGCACUUGCCGCGCUGGCUGGUGUCACCGCAGCUGAUUGUGUACUGUGUCUCACCUCCGUUUCUAGACUGUGAGCUCCUCGCGGGCAGGGACCGUCUGUGUUCACUCUUUGUAUUUCCCAUGGCACCUAGCACAGUGCCUUGCACUUAAUAGGUGCUCAAUAAACGUCUGCUCAAUUGAACUGGA